AUGUGCACGCGGCACCAGAGAUUUGCCCGAAAUAUCCCGUCGAGAAGAUUAAAAGAGUCCGAGUCGAAUCGAUCCGCAAGCGCCGACAUCCGCAAAGGCCGUAGAGACGAAAAGGGCUCCCAUAUAAUCGAACCGCAAGCGCUGUUGUUCCUAAAGCCUCGCAUUGAAAUCGAACCGGGUAAGUAA